CCGCGAUGGCCCCCCGCCGCGCCGCCCGCCGCACGCUCCGCGCGGCAUUCGUGGCCCUCGCCGCGGCGGCGGCGCUCCUCGCGCGCGCGUGCCCGAAGACGUUCGCCGUGGUCCUCCAGGCGCCGCCGCCGGCCCGCGCGCAGAAGGGGGCGAAGGCGCAGUCCAUUGCCGCCGCCGAGCAGCGGGUGGAGGAGCUCCGCGCGCUGUCGAUGGAGGCGUGCAUCCUGGCCGACGAGGACAGCCUGGAGGCUGUCGAGCGCUGCCAGAGCCUGGCCUACGAUCUGCAG